CGAACCGCGUGAAAGUCAUACAAAAUAUUAAAUUUGGAUAUCAUAGCACACUUAAUUCGCUUAGGUUAUGCAACAUAUUUUUGUAUUUGAAGUACAUUUUUUGUUCAAUUGUCACACUACUUUCAGUAGCAAACAAAACUUUUGUCUUGCCAAAAUUUGACCUUUAUGUAUUCAUUAAAUGAUAAAUCUUUUUUCAGUGAAACAAAUAUAUUUUUGUACAUUCAACAUCAUUUGGGAGGGUCUUAGCUUUCAUACGAGCCAUUUCUGAAACCAAUUGAAUAAUUAAAAGUCAGGUUAUGAGCAAUUAUUUCUACAAAAUGGAUAAGCAACAAGACUUUUGUCAGGGACUGUGUACUUUGUGCUUUAUGAUGUCCAUGUUGUACAUUGAAGAAGAAAGCCAUGAUUUGUAGAUCAAGUAUCCAUUUUGUUUAUUUUGUACCGCUCUUGUGCUCUAUUGAUUUUCUGACCCUGUUGUAAAAUAAAAUAUUUUUUUUUAAAAAAACGAGGAGAAGGAUGUGACAACUGAGCGUUGUAAUGCUAGAAAUGGUCAAGGGGGGCGCUGCUUUUCCGCUCAAUUGUUGCUCGCCAGUGUGUGGAGCUAAGCGCCAGAGGAAAAUGGCGGACGGUGUAGAUCACAUCGACAUCUACGCCGACGUCGAGGAGGAGUUCAGUCAGGAAGCAGAGUACCCGGUACAUGAGCAGAUCGACCUGUAUGACGACGUGAUCUCCCCAUCCGCCAAUAAUGGCGAUGCACCGGAGGACCGCGAAUACUUGGACUCAUUGCCUGCACAAGCGGGUUCCGAUGGAGGCAAAGCACCCGCACCCAAUGUGGUGUACACUUACAGCGGGAAGCGGAUCGCCCUGUACAUCGGGAACCUCACAUGGUGGACCACGGAUGAGGACCUCACAGAAGCAAUCCGCUCAAUGGGGAUCACAGAUUUGUUGGAAAUCAAAUUCUUUGAAAACAGAGCCAACGGGCAAUCAAAAGGGUUUGCCUUGGUCUCUGUGGCCUCAGACACCUCAUCCAGGAAGCUAAUGGACCUUUUGUCCAAAAGAGAGUUGCAUGGUCAGAAUCCUAUUGUAGCACCCUGCAACAAGCAAUCCCUCAGCCAGUUUGAGAUGCAGUCCCGUAAAAGUAAGCACAGUGCUCAAUCAGGACAGAUGUCGGGCGAAGGCAAAGCUGGGCCUCCCGGCGGCGGCCGUGCUGGAUUUCCUAUGGGCAGUCGCGGAAGUCGAGGCAGGUUUCCUGGACCUCCCGGUGGCCCCGGUGGGGAUCGUUUUCCGGGCGGUGUCGGGCCUGGAGGACCGCCGCCACACUUCCCUGGCUCAGGGAUGAGACCUGAUCUGAUUAGGCACCAAGAUGGCCACUUGGAAAUGAAUUUCAAUCCUGGGAGCUGGCGUGACAGAGGUGGGGUGCAGGGCCCACCUCGACCCCCUCCCGGGCCCCCCGGCCCGCCCGGACCGCCUCCUGUCCAGGGUCUGCUGCCUCCUCUUGGUCCUCCAAAUCGGGGUGACAGGCCACCUCCCCCAGUUCUCUUCCCGGGUCAAUUUGGCCAGCCGCCUUUAGGGCCCCUGCCGCCCGGCCCGCCACCCCCGGGUUAUGGUCCACCUCCGGGUCCGCCGCCCCCACAGCAAGGCCCCCCGCCACCUGGACCGUUCCCACCGCGUCCCCCGGGCCCCAUCGGGCCUCCUUUGGCUCUGGCUCCGCCUCCUCACCUGGGAGGGCCUCCACCUGGCGGGCCACCGCCGGCUCCCCAUGUCAAUCCCGCUUUCUUCCCCCCACCCGGUGGCAAUAGCAUGCCACCUAAUGACAGCAGGGGGCCCCCGGGACCAAAUGACCCAUACGGACGUCCGCCACCCUAUGAGAGAGGAGACUAUGGUCCCGGAGGCCGAGACAUGGAGUCGUCUCGCACUCCUCUGAGCGAGCCAGAGUUUGAGGAGAUCAUGAACAGGAACAGGGCCAUCUCCUCCAGCGCCAUAUCCAGAGCGGUGUCUGACGCCAGUGCAGCCGACUAUGGCAGCGCCAUCGAGACUUUGGUCACCGCCAUCAGUCUGAUCAAGCAGUCCAAAGUAUCGGCAGAUGACCGCUGCAAGGUCCUCAUAAGCUCUCUUCAGGAUUGUCUGCACGGAAUAGAAUCCAAAAGUUACGGCUCAACCAGACGAGAGCGUUCCAGAGAGCGCGACCACAGCCGCUCGAGGGAGAAGAGCCGACGUCACAAGUCGCGCAGUCGCGAGCGCCACGAAGACUACUACCGUGAACGCAGCCGGGAGCGGGACCGCCACCGCGAGAGGGAUCGCGACCGAGACCGCGAACGGGAGCGAGAGAGGGAGUAUCGGCACCGCUAGUGGACAAGCGAGCUCACUACCUUACACCGAUGGAUGGACGUUCAAAAAGGAGGAUGGACUUCAGCCCUACCCACCCACCGCCUGCAUGUCUGGACACACAGCGCCACCUCCUCCGCCAUCUUUCCAACUCCUGUCUCUUCAUCUAGUGUGCAGAGUGGAUGCAGGAGCUGCCCGUUUGUAAGCUUAUUCAAACAUCUACUCAUUGUAAUUGGGAAUGUUUCCAUUUAGCCCUUUUAUUUCUAAGGCGUUUUGUUUUAUACGAGUUUUUGUUUCUCUCGCGACAACUGUUAAAAUAGGCCACUUUUCUCAAGUAGAUGACUCGUUCUUGCAACUUUCUUUUAAUAGACAAGUGCUAUCGCUUUUGGUUUUUCUGCGUGCUGCACUGUUAAAUGCAGUUGAGCAGUUUUUAUAUAGGGCCCAUGUUCGGUCUCCCCCCCCCACCACCCAUUCCCUUCUCUUUCCCCGUUCUUCAUUCUCAUUUGUCUUCUCAUGCUUAGAAUGUUUUUGUCCCUGCUUUUGAUGAAGUUAGAUGGUGUUGUAAUAAAACAUGUUUACUGAG